AGACUACUGAUAGACUCGUCUACCCCAUACGGCCCUGGCAUGUCGGGUACAUACCUGGUCGCUGGCUUACAUGGUUGGUCCACCCGGGCCUGCCUACACUACUUAGUUAGUUCCUGUACUGUUUGUUCUGUUCUGUUGCUGGACGUUGCAUUACGGCGCACACAAGCAGUCGUCCAUUUCACAUGGAAUGCCUACAUGGCGGUUGGUUGGCUGGGGCAUGGAUAGAAGGAUGGAUACAUACAUACAUAACAUACACACACAUGAUACAUGGACAGUAGACCAGCAGCAAGCAAAGCAGAGCAAAGCAGAGCAAACCAAACGAGACCAGACCAGACCAUCCCGCCCACUCGUCUCGCCUCGCCUCGUCUCACCCACCCCAUCAUCUAUCGAUGCGCAUCCAUCUCUUCUGCCUGUUCCGCCCCCUUUCUGGGCCCUCAAGCCCUUCCAGCUGAUGCUGCAAUCCCCCAUCGCCACCCACGUUGUACACAGAGCAUCCGUACAUACAAGCAACCAAGCAAGCAAACCUCCCAGUCAGGCGCCCGCGACCAGCCAGCCAGCAUGGCUGCCAGCUCCCAGUACCACCGAGGCGCUCCCACUCCUCACGACCAUCUGUACGCCAACCUGGCCACCUCAUGGAACUCCCCCAAUCUCUUCCCGCGCUCGCUGAAUCGCCUUGCCUCGCCUGUCCAGCGCUCCUUCACCAACCCCUACUUUGACUAUUCCGCUUCCUCGGGCCCGCCCGAUUACCUCCAACACGACCACCCACCACCCCAUCACCAUCAACACCACCAGGACCACGCCCACCGUCAUCACCAGCAUCAGCAACAGCAACAGCAGAAUCACCACCAGUCUCAACCCGCCUGGCCCACCGACUAUUCCCGCCCGCAACCUACUCCUUCUUCCACUUGGAGCGAACCUUUGACCAACGAACCCUUCCCCCCGCGCCACCUCUCUUACGACGACUCCCAAGGUCGUCCCACCGACCAUCGCCACGAGGAUCCACUUUCCACCACAGUCAAUGACCUCGUCACUUCCCCAGAUGCCCCGCUUUUCCCCCAACAAGCCACCUUGAAUUCAGCUCCCGUUGCACGUCUGCUCAACUAUCCAAACUCGGAUUUGCAGCCUUCGCAACCACUCUCCCAGUCUGCCCUGGGUUGGGUGCCCGAUGCCGUCUCCGACACCUCUCCCGCCGGCGCCCCGCAUCUCCAACAUCAGCACCACCACCACCAUCAUCCAAGUCAUGAUGCUAAUUCACUAUCGUCUGACGUCGUGCUUCCCCCUCACCCGGGCAUCGAGGGCCAAACAUGGGACAUGCAUGGUCCCGGACCCAACAACACCACCUCUCCCGUGUUUGACCACAUUUCUGGGGUGGAACCUGCAUGGCCCCACGCGGAACCCCAGCCUGAGCACCUGGAGUACAUGGCCCAGCACCACCCCUCCAUCUCUCACUCACACCAGAAUUAUCCCCCUUCCCGCGAGAACAGGUCGCGAGGGGCAGCCCCCAAGAAGACUCUCGCAAGAGUCCCCGCCGCCUUUGUCGAGCGGCAGGAGAAGAACAAGGUCUCAAAACGCAAAGGGCCGCUACCCGAAGCCAGUCGCCAAAAGACUCACCAGAUGCGCAAAGAGAAGAGGACCUGCCUUCGAUGCAGAUUUUACAAGUCAGGGUGUGAUGGCGGCGACCCUUGCCUGAAAUGCCUCAAAACCGAGGGCAAUGCGAGGUCAUUCAAACUCCCAUGUAUCAGAGAGCGCCUCGAAGAUGCUAGUCUGGUGCGCCACUGCAAUGGCCGUUCGAACCAGGACGAGGGCGAGUUUCUAGUCUACGACUGGCUUUCGGAAUGUCAGCUGUAUGACAUGGAAAUUCUCUGGAACCUCCCAGGAUAUGGCCCCAUCUCCACCAGCCAGCCUAUGCGCAUUACCUUUCGCCAGUAUCAACCCCACCGGGCUCUUCUCGACCCUACUACCAAUGUGUGGAGUAACACAGAUGGCCAGAUCAAAGUGAUUGAGCAGCCGCCGUACGCUGUUUAUGAUACGGCAAGCCUCAUCCCGCUCUUCGAGAGAUACUUCUCCCAGCUACAGCCUGCCAUCGAGAACUGGAUCUUCGACCGUGUCCGACACGACGAAAUUGCGUUGCUCACAUACAACGAAGUAAUGAGAGUACGCGCCAAACAGUCUUCAGAGACACGCGGCUUGCUUGACCUCGUUAUGCGUAUUCAGUGUCUCUCCGUCGUUUCGCAAGGGUACGGUACCGUGUGGUCAAACAACAUCCCCGGCAUCCAAGAGGUGGAUUUUGGGAAGCUGGGCCGCAGCUCAUAUGAAGCUUAUGAUCGCAGGUCGCGCGAUCGUCCGCUUCCCGGUGCCAUCAACCACCAAAUGGAUGUUGCUGCUCUCAAGUACCUCAAGAAACUGGAACGACUUUGUGUCAAGGAGCUUUCGGCUCAGAUGUUCAAGUCCAAGAUCAAGCCUUGGUACGAACUGUUCCUGGCUCUGUACGUUUUGUUCUGGAAUAUGGAGUACAUCCACCGCGGUGCGAACAGAUACAUCAUCUCCAAGAAUGGCACAGCUAUCCAAACCCACGUCAGCAGCGUCGUGAGCACGCAAAUCAAAAAGUGGGACUGGGCGUUCCAGGUCCUUAUCCACCACUGGAUUGCGGUGCUCCGAGGGUACAUGCCUUUCAAGCUUGCCCGCGAAAAUCCCGAAGAGCUGCGUGAGAAGGGCCACCUCGACGCCGAAGGAUUCGAAUACGUUAUGAAAGUGGCCAGCAUCUUUGAUCAGAUUGGUUUCGGUCAAUCCACGUCUCCCUUUGUGGGACAGCCCGUCACUUACGAUUCGCUCUCGAGCGAAUGGAUCAAGACGCUCUUCAAGGAAGCUGGCGCUUAG